UGAGCUUGGGCUCCUUACGACCCAUGGGCCCUGUACCCCGCACUAGCUAGCUUGGCGCCGGCAAGGGCAACCUCAGUCGCCGCCUCCGCCUCCGGUCGCCGCAGGCUCCCUCGGAACGAAAUCGAGGCAGCUCGCCUCGGGGAGCUCGGCUUCGCGCGCUGCCCGGUCACUUGCUCGAAACCUUUGUAGGAUUCGGUAGGAAGGGGAAUCCCCAUGGCAGCCAUCCUACGAAGAACCACCCCCAAGGCGGCGGCGGCCGCGGCCGCGGCAGGACUGCUCCCGCGGACGCGGAGCGCCGACCGGCUCGCACGGUUCCUGGGGUCCGGCGUCUCCGCUACUUCUUGCGAUGCUGGGAUAGAUUCGGCGGCGGAGUUUGUUCCGUGGCGCAACGGCGGGGGCGUCAUGCACCGGGCGGCGUCCGUUGACCCCACCGCGGUGGUGGAGGCCGGCGCCGUGGUGCAUUCAGGUGCUGUUCUUGGUAAGGAAGUCGUUGUUGGGUCUGGAACUGUCAUCGGGCCUUCGGUCUCCGUGGGGCACUCCACCAGGAUAGGGUACAAUGUUGUCUUGAGCAAUUGUUCGGUGGGCGAGUUUUGUACUAUCCACAAUGGUGCCUGCGUUGGUCAAGAUGGUUUUGGUUUCUUUGUGGACGAGGAUGGACAGAUCAAGAAGAAACCACAGGUUCUUUAUGCAAGAAUUGGAGACAAUGUAGAGAUAGGUGCAAAUACAUGCAUUGACAGAGGCAGUUGGAGGGACACAUUGAUUGGAGAUGACACCAAGAUUGAUAAUCUGGUUCAGAUAGGUCACAAUGUGGUAAUAGGAAAGUGCUGCAUGAUUUGCGGGCAAGUAGGGAUUGCUGGUUCUGCAACGUUGGGGGACUAUGUAACAUUAGGUGGUAGGGUGGCAAUCCGAGAUCAUGUUUCCAUUGCUUCAAAGGUCCGACUUGCAGCAAAUAGUUUAGUGACAAAGGACAUUCAGAAGCCUGGUGACUAUGGUGGAUUUCCAGCUGUCCCAAUAAAUGAAUGGCGCCGACAAACUGUGAACUUGCGCUUAUUUUCAAAGAAGCACAGCAGCAGACGAUAGUAUCCCUGCAACCCUGUGAUGCAAAUUGUGCUGUAACUUGAUUAUCUCAAUAGUCUUAGCUUGAUUGGUGAAGCUGUUGUAAUAUGUACUAUCUCACUAGACGAUUAGCAUUGAAAUAGGUAUCUGAAGGGAUCUCCACCAUGGAAGGUGGACUGUUCAUUGUUUGAACUUUUAUCUUCUCCAACUACUAUCUCAGUUCCUAAAUAUAAGAUGUUCUAUAGCUUUUUCAUAAGUCAAACUUAUUAACAUUUGGCCAAGUUUACAUAAAGAUGUACUGA